AUGUAUCAUCCAGCUAAUGAAGGCACAACCGCGACAAGCAUCACAGGACCUGCCUGCAGCGACUGCAGGAGUAACAAGAUGCGACGGCUGCUAUUCCUGGUUGGGCUGCUCCACUUCCUGGUCGCUCACUUCUGGGUAUGGGCGGGGCCUGUCGAUGAUGAGAUCACAUUUUUACCAGGAUUAAACAAACAACCAAGUUUCAGACACUUCUCUGGAUAUUUGGACCUGAGCACUGGGAAGAGCCUUCACUACUGGUUUGUGGAGUCCCAGUCCAAACCGGACUCAGAUCCUCUGGUGCUCUGGUUGAAUGGAGGCCCAGGCUGCAGUUCUCUGGACGGCCUGCUGACAGAGCACGGACCCUACCUGAUUCAGGACGAUGGAGCAACUCUGCAGUACAACGAGUUCAGCUGGAACAAGAUGGCUAACAUGCUGUACCUGGAGUCUCCAGCAGGGGUCGGCUUCUCCUACUCUGAUGAUAAGAACUACAACACUAACGACACAGAGGUGUCUCUAAAUAACUUUCUCGCCCUCAAACUCUUCCUGAAGAAGUUUCCGGAGUUUUCCUCAAACGGAGUUUUUUUAACCGGAGAAAGUUACGCAGGAAUUUACAUCCCCACCCUUGCCGAGCGGGUCAUGGAAGAUCCGAGCAUUAACCUGAAGGGUAUUGCCGUGGGAAACGGGAUGUCCAGCUACCGACUGAACGACAACUCGCUGGUGUACUUUGCGUACUACCACGGUCUGCUGGGGUCAGCUCUGUGGGCGGGGCUUCAGACCUCCUGCUGCCGAGAGGGGGUGUGCAACUUCUACGACAACAAAGACCUGAACUGUACCAACCUGCUCGGUGAAGUUCAGGACAUCAUCUACAGCUCUGGACUGAACAUUUACAAUCUGUACGCCCCCUGUGAUGGGGGAGUGAAGGAGAGCGUGAGUUUGGAGGAGAAUCAUCUCGUCUUCAGAGAUCUGGGAAAUGUGUUCAACCAACUCCCACAGAGCCGACUCCUACGAGAGAAGCUCUUGGCCCUGGUUUCAGUCCAGUCUCCACACGGGUCCCGGUCUGGACUGGGUCUGAGGCUGGACCCGCCCUGCACUAAUUCCACCCCUUCCACUUUGUACCUGAACAACGCCUUUGUGAGGAAAGCACUCCACAUCAGAGACGAGGCACUGGACUGGACUAUCUGCAGUGCGGAGGUGAAUCUUCACUACAAGAGACUUUAUACAGACAUGAAGGAGCAGUACCUGAGCCUGCUGUCUGCGCUGAAGUACAGAGUCCUGGUGUACAACGGUGACGUGGAUAUGGCUUGUAACUUCCUUGGAGACGAGUGGUUUGUGGAGUCGCUGCAGCAGCAGGUGCAGGUGCAGAGGCGUCCAUGGUUGUACGAAACUAUUAACGGGAAACAAGUGGGCGGGUUCAUCAAACAGUUUGACAACAUCAGCUUCAUGACAGUGAAGGGCUCGGGUCACAUGGUUCCCACCGACAAACCAGCCGCUGCCUUCGCCAUGUUUUCUCGCUUCAUUCACAACCUGCCCUUCUGA